AUGCCUAUUCAAUUGUCAGAUUUACAAAAGAUCGGUCUUGGUUUGACAAUAUUUGGUGUGGGUUUUAUUUUUCUUGGUAUGAUCUUUUUAUUUGAUAAAGGUCUAUUAGCAGUUGGAAAUAUUUUAUUUCUUGCCGGUCUUUCGAUGAUCAUUGGUUUUGAACGUACAUUUCGCUUUUUCUUUCAACGUUAUAAAUUUAAAAGUACUGCACUUUUUUUUGGUGGAAUUCUACUUGUUCUAAUCGGUUGGCCAGUCACUGGUAUGAUUAUUGAAUGUUAUGGUUUUUUUCUUCUCUUCGGAGGUUUCAUUCCAAUUGCCAUCAAUUUCCUUCGACGUUUACCAAUUAUAGGUUCUAUUUUAUUACUACCUGGCCUUCGACAGAUCACUGACAAAUUAUCUGAUGGUAGAUCAAUGAAAAUAGAUAUGUUAAGUCAAAAUCUAUUUCAAUAUGGUGUAAGAUCAACACUACGAUCUAGUCAUCAAAUAUCAACAAUUUUUAUACGACGAAAUUUGCUUUGUAUUGUUCCUUCAAUCUCAGUCAGUCCAUAUAAAUAUGAUUUAUUGUUAUUACGAUAUCAAUCUAAUACUACGUCUUCAUCGAACAAUAGUAACCAACCGAUAGUAUCAGAUAAAAAUCUUCCAACCAUGCCACCUGUUUCAACGAAAUUAAAAGUUCGAACACGAAAACUUAAAGUAACUGAUUAUGCUGCAAGUUAUACAGAAAAUAAUUUUAUUACAGCUACACGAGCUAUGCAUGAAUAUUUAUUAAAACCAACUGAUUUAGAAACACUUAAACAAUAUAAAACACGUUCACCUUAUUCGGACGAGAGUGAUUCAACACAAAUGUUAACUGUUUAUCGACGAGGUGAUGUUGAAAAACGUGCUUAUGAAGUAUGGGGUAGUCCUGAUAUGUUGCAUAAAGAAAAAAUUAAACGAACAAAAGUACGACAAGAAGAAUAUGAAGCGAUUUUUGAUUUAAAAAAAUCAUUGAAAGAAUAUCAAAAACGUUUGUCAUUGUUACAAAAUGCUCCAUUGGAUAAUCGAAAAAAAAAUAAAAAUACUAUUCUAACAGCUGGUGGUGGAAAAGUUGUUAUUGCUGCAGUUUGUAUUAAUGCAACAAAUGCUGUAGUAAAAACCAUUGGAUGGUUCUUCACUGGUUCAGCAUCUUUAUUUUCUGAAGCUGUUCAUUCAAUUGCUGAUACAUGCAAUCAACUUAUUUUAACAUUUGGUCUAUGGCAAUCAAUUAAAAAACCGAAUCCAGAACAUCCAUAUGGUUAUUCGAAUAUGACUUAUAUUACAUCACUUAUUAGUGGUGUUGGAAUAUUUUGUUUUGGAACUGGUUUAGCUUGGUAUCAUGGUAUUUUAGUUCUAUUACAUCCACAAGAAAUGGAAUCGAUUUUCUGGGGUUUAGCUUUAUUAAGUGGUUCAUUAAUUUCUGAAGGAGCAACACUUUAUAUGGCUGUUAAUGAAAUUCGUGCAUCAGCUAAAGAAACAGGAAUGCGAUUUUGGGAAUAUGUCAAUCAAGGUUACAAACCAAAUGUAAAUGUCGUAUUACUGGAAGAUUUAGCUGCAGUUUUAGGUGUUUGCGUAGCUGCAUCAGCAAUGAGUCUUUCACUUUAUUAUCAAUCACCUAUACCUGAUGCUAUUGGAUCUUUAAUUAUCGGUGGUAUAUUAGGUGGUGUUGCUUCAUUUAUUAUCUAUUCAAAUACAGCUGCACUUGUUGGCCGAUCAAUUCAUCCAAAUCAACUUGAGAUGAUUAAUAAAGAUUUAGAAAGUGAUCGAAUGGUUCGUGCAUUAUAUGAUAUAAAAGCAACGGAUAUGGGUUCACAAUCAGUUAUGUUUAAAGCUGAAGUUGAUAUUGAUGGACGAGAGAUUGCUCGAUCAUAUUUAGAAAAAAUUGAUAUUCAAGUUAUUCUUGAAGAAAUACGAAAAAUUGAUUCAAUUGAAUUAGCUGAAAUAUUUCUUCUUAAACACGGAGAAAAUAUUGUUGAUAGAGUUGGAGCUGAAAUUGAUCGUAUUGAACGAAAUCUUCGAAAAAAACAUCCAUCUUUACAACAUGUCGAUUUAGAAGUCCUUUAA